CAGACCUUCACGACGGCGGCGGGAAGAGACCGUCGAGGCCAUCAAAGCUCCAGUUCAAUGGUCAUUACAGAAUUCAACGCCUCGAGCACAAGUGAGCUCCGAACUCUUUACAAUGGUUGCCAUCUCGAUCUCAACGCAGUCGGCCCAGUCCAUCGUGGGUCUCAGUAGUGAGCCUGCCACGGGCAUCAACAAGUGCAGGUACAAGACCGGCAAAUGCACCAACGUGCGCUCCAGCAAGCGCAACGGCCAGCCGCACCAACUGUGCCUGUACCACCGCGACAAGGCCAACAAGAUUCAGCGCAAGUUCGACCGCCAGAAACGCCAGGUCGCGCGCUCCAAGAAGGCCCACGGUCUCUCCUCCCCGACUUCUAUUUCGAUGCUGGACAUGGCCGCGCUUGCGGGUCUCACCCCCAUGUCCGAGCCGGCCGUGUCCCCCGCCGGAUCCACUUACUCGACGUCCUCUGACAUGUCCUUCUCGUCUGUCGCCUCGGACGAUGUCAUGUACACACCCGACUCGCUGGACUGCGGUCUGAACGAGAGCGUGUGGACGGAUCUCCCGGUUGCUGCCGCUUCCUACCUCGGCGAAUACUCGGACAUGCCUCUGCCUACCAGCUGCCACCAAAGCUACUUGUCUUCGGACGAGAUCGACUUCCUGUGCUCUGCCGUCCUGGAGUGAACGAGCUAAGAGGAGCAUCGUCUCUCUCAGUUAAUAUGAGGGGGAGACGUCUCCUGCGCUCAGACGAACCCGGUUGGCAAGUGCUGCAGUCGGCUUCACCGUAUCGAGCGUGGCACAUUAAUUAGAGCAUUGUGGCAGUAGCGUAAGUAGACUUGAAUGAGUAGUGACAGUGUGUAUAAAGGUCGAGUGACAAAAUGAAUAUCUAUCAUCUUUAC